UUUAAACCUAAAUCCCCCACAAUGUAAAAUAGCUCUGUCUACAGAAUCCGCCUCUCUCACCUCCCCCCACUCUCUCUGAUUAUCGCGAUUUCUAGCUCUCAUUAGGGUUUUCGUAAAUCUCGAAGUCUCGAACGAAGGAAACAAUUUCAUCGAUUUCUAAUCCCUGUUGUAAAAGGACCAAAAACAAUGUCGGGGGUAGCUGUGAUCCCCAUCUUAGAAAAGAUGACAGGAAAGGAUAAAGAUUAUAGAUAUAUGGCUACUUCAGAUUUGCUGACUGAAUUAAAUAAAGAAGGUUUUAAAGCUGAUGCUGAGCUGGAGGCGAAAUUAACAAAUACCAUUGUUCAACAGCUCGAAGAUUCUUCUGGAGAUGUUUCUGGACUGGCUGUGAAAUGCCUGCCACCGAUUGUCAAGAAGGUCAAUGAGGAUAGGGUUUUGGAGAUGGCUAAUAAACUCUGUGAUAAAUUGGUAAAUGGGAAGGAUCAGCAUCGUGAUAUUUGUAGUAUAGCAUUAAAGACGAUAGUUUCAGAAAUCUCUGCACCAUCUCUUGCUCAGCGUCUUCAAGAUGCUCUUGGCCCCCAAUUAAUGAAGGGCAUUACUAGUACUGGAAUCCGUACUGAAAUUAAGUGUGAGAACUUGGAUAUUUUAUGCGACAUGCUCAAUAAGUUUGGAAAUUUGAUGGAAAAAGAUCAUGACAAAUUGCUAGCUGCACUUCUGUCUCAAUUGAACUCAAGUCAAGCUAGUGUGAGGAAAAAGUCUAUUGCUUGCAUUGCAUCUCUUGCCUCAAGCUUGUCCGAUGAUCUUCUUGCAAAGGCGACUGCUGCAGUAGUUCAACUGUUGAGGAACACGAAUAUGAAGCCUGAAAUAAUCCGCACAAAUAUUCAAAUGGUUGGAGCUUUAAGCCGUUCCGUUGGAUAUCGUUUUGGACCACAUCUUGGUGAAACUGUCCCCUUGUUGAUAAAUUACUGCAUAAGUGCAUCAGAAAAUGACGAGGAGCUUCGUGAAUACAGUUUGCAGGCAUUGGAUAGUUUUCUUCUCAGAUGUCCCAGGGAUAUAUCUCCAUAUUGCAAAGACAUUUUAAACCUUUCUUUAGAAUACUUAAGCUAUGAUCCAAAUUUCACUGAUAACAUGGAUGAGGAUACUGAUAAUGAGGGGCUUGAGGAGGAGGAUGAAGAUGAAAGUGCAGAUGAAUAUACCGAUGAUGAGGAUGCCAGCUGGAAAGUUCGUAGAGCAGCUGCAAAGUGCUUAUCUGCUAUUAUUGUUUCCCGUCCAGAAAUGCUCUCGAAGAUGUAUUGGGAGGCAUGCCCGAAGUUGAUAGACAGAUUUCGUGAAAGAGAAGAAAACGUAAAGAUGGACGUAUUUAAUACUUUCAUUGAGUUGCUGCGACAAACUGGGAAUGUGACGAAGGGGCAUGAUAGUGAUGUGUCAAGCCCACGAUAUCUAUUGAAACAAGAAGUACCAAAAAUUGUUCGAUCAGUAAACAGGCAGCUCCGUGAAAAGUCCAUCAAGACAAAGGUGGGGGCAUUUUCACUGCUAAAGGAACUUGUUGUCGUCUUACCAGACUGCCUUGCUGAUCAUAUUGGUUCUCUUGUUUCUGGAAUUGAAAAGGCUUUGAGUGACAAGUCCUCUACGUCAAAUUUGAAAAUUGAGGCUCUGGUCUUUAUGAGAUUAGUCAUGAUUUCACAUUCACCUUCAGUUUUCCAUCCUUUCAUCCAGGCUCUUUCGAGUCCUGUAUUAUCUGCUGUUUAUGAGAGAUACUACAAGGUAGCUGCGGAAGCAUUACGAGUGUGUGGAGAGUUGGUCCGUGUUGUUCGUCCAAGUUUUGAGACUUGCACCCUCGAUUUCAAACCUUACGUUCGUCCGAUCUAUAAUGCCAUCUUGACACGAUUGGCAAAUCAGGAUCAAGAUCAGGAAGUUAAGGAGUGUGCUAUAUCUUGUAUGAGCCUAGUAAUUUCAACCUUUGGCGACAAUCUCCAGUCAGAAUUGUCUGCAUGCCUUUCUAUCCUAGUCGAUCGGAUGGGCAAUGAGAUAACACGACUAACUGCUGUAAAGGCGUUUUCAGUAAUUGCUAAUUCGCCUCUGCGGAUAGAUCUCUCUUGCGUCUUGGAGCAUGUUCUGUCAGAAUUAACAGCAUUUCUGCGGAAGGCUAACAGGUUACUGAGGCAGGCAACAUUAGGAACACUUAACUCCCUGGUUGUUGCAUAUGGUGAUCAAAUUAGUCCAUCUUCUUAUGAAGUUAUAAUUGUUGAAUUAUCCACUUUGAUAAGCGACACUGACCUCCAUAUGGCCGCACUUGCUUUGGAACUCUGCUGCACGAUUAUGACUGAUAAGAAGUCUAGUCAGACAGUUGGUCUGACUGUUAGACAUAAAGUUCUCCCUCAGGCACUCUUAUUAAUCAGAAGCUCUUUGUUACAGGGUCAAGCUUUACAAGCGCUGCAGAAAUUCUUUGCUUCAUUGGUUCAUUCUGCCAGCACAAGCUUUGAUGGACUUCUAGAUUCACUUCUUUCGAGUGCUAAACCAUCACCUCAAUCUGGUGGUCUUGCUAAACAAGCUCUAUUUUCAAUCGCACGUUGUGUGGCUGUACUUUGCUUAGCUGCUGGCAACACCAAAUGUGCAUCCACUGUAGCAAUGCUGAAAGGCAUUCUACAAGAUGACAGUACUACAAAUUCGGCUAAACAGCACUUGGCACUGCUGUGCCUUGGAGAAAUUGGCCGUAGAAAGGACCUUAGCAUGCAUGCCAACAUAGAGAAUACUGUUAUCGAGUCCUUCCAGUCUCCCUUUGAAGAGAUAAAAUCUGCAGCUUCAUAUGCUCUUGGGAACAUAGCUGUUGGAAAUCUAUCCAAGUAUUUACCAUUUAUCUUGGAUCAAAUUGAUCAUCAACAGAAGAAGCAGUACCUUCUGCUUCAUUCCUUGAAAGAGGUUAUUUCAAGGCAAUCUGUUGAUAAUGCUGGCCAGAGCGAGCUUCAGGAUUCAAAUGCUGAGAAGAUAUUGAAUUUGCUAUUUAAUCACUGUGAAAGUGAAGAAGAGGGAGUUCGCAAUGUAGUAGCUGAAUGUUUGGGUAAAAUGGCACUUAUCGAACCUGGGAAGCUUAUUCCAGCACUGAAGGUGCGAACAACCAGCCCAACAGCUUUCACAAGGGCUACAGUUGUCAUUGCUGUGAAGUACUCCAUUGUUGAGCGACCUGAAAAAAUAGAUGAAUAUAUAUACCCUGAAAUUUCCACAUUCCUGAUGCUAAUUAAGGACACUGAUCGGCAUGUUAGAAGGGCAGCAGUUGUGGCUUUGAGUACAGUUGCUCAUAACAAACCAAAUCUUAUUAAAGGGCUCCUUCCUGAGCUGUUGCCACUUCUGUAUGAUCAGACUGUUAUUAAGAAAGAAUUGAUAAGGACAGUGGAUCUUGGUCCUUUCAAGCACACUGUAGAUGAUGGGCUUGAGCUGAGAAAAGCAGCUUUUGAAUGCAUGGACACAUUACUUGACAGCUGUCUUGAUCAAGUGAAUCCUUCGAGUUUUAUUGUUCCUUACCUCUUAUCUGGACUGACCGAUCAUUAUGAUGUCAAGAUGCCUUGCCACCUUAUUCUCUCAAAGCUCGCAGAGAAAUGUCCUUCUGCUGUCCUUGCAGUUUUGGAUUCAUUGGUUGACCCUCUUGAGAGAACUAUUAAUCAUAAGCCAAAGCUAGAUGCUGUUAAGCAGGAAGUUGACCGUAAUGAAGACAUGAUCCGAAGUGCUCUUCGUGCUAUUGCCUCGUUGAGUCGCAUAAGUGGAGGUGAUUGCAGCCUGAAGUUCAAAAUGCUCAUGAAUAACAUAACAAAUACAUCCACACUUGCUGAGAAAUACAAUGCUGUGAAGAGCGAGUAGAAAGGUUUACGCCUUGCAACUGAUCCUGAACAAAGUAUACAAGAAACACAAUUAAUGGCAUUCAGAAAUAUAGACAGUUGUAUUCUCAGCAAACUCUGCCUUCUGUGCGCUGAGCUUGAACUGGAAUUGGGCUUCCAUCCAAGAGCCAGGAGCAAAGCGUUAGCAGUAGCUUUAAAUUGGAUAUUCUGGAUUUUGCUCCAAUAUUUGUAACUUAUAUUUUUCUAGGUAUAAAGUGUCAUAUAGAACAAUAGGGAGACCGUGUUUCAGGUGGCGUGCGCUUCAGUUGAGUACAUGUGGAAUAUACAAGGUGGUGUAAACUGAAUCAUGCGUCGGUCUCGUGAAAUUUUUAUUUUGAUUGCGGUCUCCUAUCGUCAUGCAUCUGAAUCUUGUGUACUUGGUAUGGUAAAUUCUUCCGCUUAUUCUCAGGGCCUUGUAGCUAAUGGCAAGGAAGAAUU